AUGAUUGCUCUCUUGGCUUCCAACAGAUUAUUUCAGGAGGUGCUCAGCGUGUAUCUUCGCACGUACUCGGACAGUCCAGUUGCCCUUAAUCUCAAAGCCUGCAUCACCUUCAAAACCUACAACGGGAAAGCAGCACUGCCAGAAGUUGAAGUACUACAGCGAGUCAACCUAUACCCGGCAGCUCGCGAACUUCUUCGCCACAAUCAGGUGGUGUUUCGCGAUGGUGAUGGAGCAUUGCAGGUGUUCCCCGGUUUAAUGGACACAUUACCAGAGGCGAGGGUGAAUCUGAUACUCUAUCACCUAAAAAGGGAAGACAUAGAAAGUGCCAUGACAUUAUGUAACGACCUGGAACCACAAUCAACUACGGAGUUCCUUGUGAAAGCUGUGGUUUUCGCUUACUGGGGACAACAAAAGGAGUCUGUAAGUGUGCCGCUGUCGUAUUCGGUGGUGUUGCACUCACUGUGUCCUCGUUCGUUGCAGAAAGAUCACUUGAAGACCGCCGAACAGUUCUUCAAAAUGGUAGGAGAAUCUCCAUACGAUGCAGGUAACUUGUAG